AUGGCCACAAGUAGUUUCCAAAUUUCACCACUUCCCAGUGUCGAUCCAGAUUUGGAUAGAUUCGACCGAACAGCAGUCCUCAAGGCCAAAGAAGACUUUUUCCGUGAACAGUUAGUGCGUACUGAAGAGAUUAUUGUAUUACGGGACAAGAUGAGAUGGUGUUAUCGACGUGAAGGUGUCAAUCAUUUGCAAAAUUGUCGGCACUUGACUACACAAUACCUGGAUUUGCUGCGGGCUGCAAAGGAUGGCUGGAUUGUGCCAUUCAGAUACCCUGAACAGAAGGCUGCUGCUCCUUCUGCUGAAGAAGGACAUUAA